GACUUCCCAAAUCAGCACAGAAAAAGCUUCCAAGAGCCUGAAGUUCAAGCAAUUCUAUAAAAGCACUGGAGAAAGUGGGAGACGCUGUAGAGAUGGAACCCCAGAAGUAUGAGCCCCAUAAGGUGGGACCCCAGAAAUGUGAGCCGUACGAGGUGGAAGCCAAGAGGAAGAAAACUUGGGAUCAGGAAAUGGCAGAUUUAUUCACUGCAUUUGGGCCAAUAUCAGGGCCUUUGCAUCCCUCAAGUACAGAGAAUGUGCAAAUGAAGAGGGAGCCCUGGUUGUUCAGAUUUUGGGAUAUCAACCAGAAUUACUUCUUCCUACAGAACAACAUACUAAUAGCAGCCCCACAAAAUUCCAAUUCAUCAGAUGAGUUAAUGGUUGUACUCCCAAACCACUCUCUAGAUCGAAAAAAGCGACCCAUAUUUAUUGGGCUCAGAGAUAAGAGCUACACCCUAUUCUGUGUGAAGUCUGGUGAAGGUCAACCUCAGCUAAAGUUAGAGGAGAGAAAAAUUCGUCAGCUUUAUGAAAAAAAUGAGGAAUUCAAGAGCUUCACCUUCUACAGCAAAACUGAUGGCAGCGAAGAGACAUGCUCUUUUCAGUCUGCAGAGUUCCCAGAUUGGUUCAUAAGCACUUCACCUGAGCCAAACCAACCUGUUGGUUUGAGUAAGCGAGAUGGGUCUGCAAAUACUCUGUUUUAUUUUGAAAUAAAAUAAUUCAUCAGCAUA